CCUCACAGUCCGAACCUCACCCUCCAGCCGACCGCGUCCGCAUCCGUCCUCCUCCUUCGCCCUUAUUCGAACAACUCGAAGUCAAAGCCGUCGCCAUUAUGAAGAACUUGGCAAUUGCCCUUGUUUUGGCGGGCGUGGUUGCCGCCCUUCCCAGGAUGCGCAGGGAUUCGACCCCUCUGUUUUACAACCUCCCGUCCAACGCCUCUCUCAUCCUGGGCGGCAUCCAGACGGGCUUCGACUGCGCCGAGCUUCCCUACGGCUACUACGCCGACGAGGGCAACAACUGCGCCGUCUUCCACGUCUGCCUCCCCUACAUCGACCACGACCUCUUCGUCGUCCGCCAGUUCUCCUUCUUCUGCGGCGAAGGGACCGUCUUUGACCAGGAGCGCCUCGUCUGCGACUUCCCUGAGUUCGCCCUUCCCUGCUCUGAGGCCGCCACCUACAGGAGGUCCAACGAGUACUUCGGGCGAUCCGAAAUCAACUUCUUAGAGUAGAGACCGAAGGAGGGAGUGAGGACGGCCUGGUCAGAGGGAGUUGCUUCGUCAUUCGACCGAAUGACAGCAAAGUCCCUUUGAUAGAAGCCCGACUCGGGAUGGAUGGGAGCAGAGAGGCUGAGGAGCCUCGGGACAAGUAAACUAUAGAUGACGACCUCCGUAACGACCCUACGAAUAUUUCUCUACGACCCUCGCUUUAUACUACUAACAGAACCCAUGGAAUAUAAGAAGAUACACUCAUAUCUCGUCAGCACAUUGUAUAUUUUGUCUAUUUUGUAAUAUAAGGAAAAAAAAUUUAA